AUGAAUGGCUAUGUUGAUGAAUAAACCAAUUAAUGUGUAUCUAAUUGUGGACCUGGAAGAUAUGGCAACAUAACUCUUGAUAACUAAGGAAUGAUUGAAUUAACUUAAUGUUUGGACUGUCAUCCAUCUUGCUUUGAAUGCAGUUCGGAAUAAGAAUGCAAAUCUUGUAAUAAAGGCUACUAUCUUGAGAUAUAAUAAGGAAAAACAUCUGGAGUUUGCAAAAGAAAGUAAGGAUAAUUUGAGGGUCAAUUCUAUGUUUAAUCAAAAGUAUUGAAUAUUGAGGCUCGUUAGGAUGGCACUAUCGAUUACCCUUUUAACUCAAUUAUGGCUGCCUUGAAAAAUGCAUAUUAAACAGGAAUUUCUUACUAAGAAGCUACUAUUGAGCUAUUAUUAUUUUCAAACUAGACGCAUUCAAUAAUCAAAAAUGAUGAAAUUCUAUAUACUUUAUAAAAAAUAGAUAAUUCUCAAUCAGUUAAGAUUAUAAUUGAUACUGUAGAUUCAAUUCCAACAAAAGUUUACUAUAAGUUGAGAAACAAGUUCAAAUUCAAAGUUUCAGCCGGACUUAUUAUCAGGAAUAUAGAGUUUGAUGCGACAGACUCAAUUUUUGAUCCUAAAGAAAGUAAUAUUUACUUUGCUUAAUAAGAUAUUAAGAUUAUGAAUGCUUGUAAUCUCCAACAGAUUCAUGCUGUCAAUCAUUAGAAAUAGUUCCUAUGA